AGUCGACGAGGGCCAGAUUGUUGGUCACAGUGAAGUGAUAGGGAAGGAUGUUAUGAGAUGUAUGCUGUCAUCGUGUGACGAGCAUGUGUUGUAUGUUCAGGUAGAGCAGAGCAGUCACUGUCUCAUUCUGUUUGGCAUACAGUGCAUCGUCACAUUUCCCCUGAUUGUUGUGCACUGUAAAGGGAUACCAGGGGAGCUUCAGUUUCACGACAAAACUGAGAACGUUCAAGAUGAACGUUUACUGGAUACCCACGAUCCUCCUCUCCCUCUGCCUCUCCAGUGCUGCCAACAUGAUAAGCUCCCACAACUGUAAAGACACGCUCAGAACGUUCCAUGUGGUCCGUGUGUCUGUCAACGGCACUGCAUCGGUCAGCUGCCCCAACCUGACAGGCAAGAACCAGGAGGAGAUGAGAUUCCACCUUUACUUGGGCUUGGUCGAGGUUGGCAACCACACUCACGACAGUGCUCACAACCACAACUCCACAGAGACCGUGACUCCUGUUGGGGAGGGUCUGGGGCUGAAGGUGAACGAACAGGACCACACGGUCAGCUUUGUCCUCUCUGGAAUGACCACGGAGCGCGCUGGGGUCUAUACCUGCGAGGGGCACCCCAUGUACCCACCUCCCAUUGAGAAAGUACAAGACGAGCCUCAGACUGUGGUCCUGGUUGAAGCUCACCAGUGCCAGGCACUGAAUACUGUGGGAUGUUUAGGCUCUGGAGUGGAUGGUGUCCCUGUUUGGGCAUGGGUGCUGGGGUUCUGGAUCACCAUCAUCUAUGGCCUGGCUGUCACUGUCAUCGCCUUUGCCAUCCGGCUCAGACUGGGGAGAGUGGAGUGUUCCCAGAGCGACUACAUGAACAUCAAACCCAGUGCUCCACUCAGGUGGCCUAGGAAGAAGCAGGGGGUCCAGCAUCCAAUCCGAAUGGGACGAUACUGAUCACAGUCAUCCUCAGAUCACAAUCCUUCUCAGACAAAAGCUAAAUGAGAGUUGAGCCUGAAUUGGCCUUUGAGAGCUGACUGGAGAAAUACAUUAAGUUCUUUAUGUAAGCCAGUUCUUCAAGUCACAUGGUAUACAUGUAAUUGUACAACUGAUUGUGUGUAA